AUGGAAUAAAUGAAAAUACUGAGUACUGAGGGGGCGAGGGAAUAAAACACUCUUCAGAUAGGAUUAAGAACAAGCCCCGAAGGAAGAGCAAAGGACAAAAAUCUCAUGGUGUGUGGUUGUUGUUGUUGUUGAGCUUUUUUUUUUUUUUUUUUUUUUUUUUUUUAAAUGAGCUUACCUACCAUGAACGGAAGAAGUGGAUCUGCGGAGACUUCAUUUCCUCCUCUGACCCCUCGUUUACAUCACUGACUGGUGACAGUCACAUCUACAUGCCUAGUACCUGCCACUUCAGCUGCUCAGAAUUAUAGAAGCCUCUUUGUAUGCAGCAGACAUGGCUAGCCAGCAGGAUUCAGGCUUCUUUGAAAUCAGUAUCAAAUAUUUACUGAAAUCCUGGAGCAAUACUUCUCCAGUUGGUAACGGAUAUAUCAAGCCACCUGUCCCUCCUGUUUCUGGUACACAGAGAGAAAAAGGACCUCCAGCCAUGUUGCCCAUCAGCAUUGACCCGGACAGUAAACCAGGCGAAUACGUCCUGAAGAGUUUGUUUGUUAACUUCACUACUCUGGCUGAACGCAAGAUUCGCAUCAUCAUGGCAGAGCCUCUGGAGAAGCCCCUGACCAAAUCUCUACAACGAGGAGAAGAUCCCCAGUUUGAUCAAGUUAUAAGCUCAAUGAGCUCUCUUUCAGAAUAUUGUCUACCCUCUAUCCUGCGCACUUUGUUUGAUUGGUAUAAAAGGCAGAAUGGCAUAGAAGAUGAAUCUCAUGAGUACAGACCAAGGACAAGCACUAAAUCCAAAAGUGAUGAACAGCAGAGGGACUAUUUAAUGGAGAGAAGAGAUCUGGCUAUUGAUUUUAUUUUUUCUUUAGUAUUAAUAGAAGUUUUGAAACAGAUUCCACUUCAUCCUGUUAUAGACAGUUUGGUAAAUGAUGUAAUUAACUUGGCUUUCAAGCACUUUAAGUACAAAGAAGGGUACCUUGGUCCUAACACUGGAAAUAUGCACAUUGUUGCAGAUUUGUAUGCAGAAGUAAUAGGUGUUCUAGCUCAAGCAAAAUUUCCUGCUGUAAAGAAGAAAUUUAUGGCAGAGCUAAAAGAGUUGCGGCAUAAAGAGCAAAGCCCGUAUGUAGUUCAAAGCAUCAUCAGUCUUAUAAUGGGAAUGAAAUUCUUUCGCAUUAAGAUGUAUCCUGUGGAGGACUUUGAAGCUUCUCUUCAGUUUAUGCAGGAAUGUGCACAUUAUUUCCUUGAAGUUAAAGACAAAGAUAUCAAGCAUGCACUGGCAGGACUGUUUGUUGAAAUUCUUGUCCCUGUAGCUGCUGCUGUUAAAAAUGAAGUGAAUGUCCCCUGUCUGAGGAACUUUGUUGAAAGUCUGUAUGAUACAACGCUUGAACUUUCAUCACGAAAGAAACACUCACUGGCUUUGUACCCCUUGGUAACGUGCCUGCUUUGUGUCAGUCAGAAGCAGUUCUUUUUAAACAGAUGGCAUAUUUUCCUCAACAACUGCCUUUCCAAUCUCAAGAAUAAGGACCCAAAAAUGGCUCGAGUUGCACUGGAAUCUUUGUACAGACUACUGUGGGUUUACAUGAUCAGAAUUAAAUGUGAAAGCAACACAGCUACCCAAAGUCGACUUAUUACUAUUGUCACAACCCUUUUCCCAAAAGGGUCCCGUGGUGUUGUGCCAAGAGAUAUGCCUCUAAACAUCUUUGUGAAGAUAAUACAGUUUAUUGCACAGGAACGUUUAGAUUUUGCAAUGAAAGAAAUUAUCUUUGACUUCCUUUGUGUUGGAAAACCAGCAAAAGCUUUCAGUCUCAACCCUGAGAGAAUGAAUAUUGGCCUGAGAGCUUUCUUGGUAAUUGCUGAUAGCUUGCAGCAAAAAGAUGGUGAACCACCAAUGCCAGUGACUGGAGCUGUCCUUCCCUCUGGAAACACUCUCAGAGUGAAGAAAACAUAUUUGAGCAAAACUCUUACAGAGGAGGAAGCUAAAAUGAUAGGUAUGUCACUGUAUUAUUCUCAAGUAAGGAAAGCUGUGGACAACAUACUCAGACACCUUGACAAGGAAGUGGGUCGGUGCAUGAUGCUAACCAACAUACAGAUGCUUAACAAAGAACCUGAAGACAUGAUUACUGGUGAAAGAAAACCAAAAAUCGAUCUGUUCAGAACAUGUGUUGCUGCUAUUCCUCGAUUACUUCCUGAUGGAAUGUCAAAACUUGAGUUGAUCGACUUGCUGGCAAGGCUGUCCAUCCAUAUGGAUGAUGAACUUCGACACAUUGCACAGAAUUCUCUUCAGGGCCUACUUGUUGACUUUGUUGACUGGCGGGAGGAUGUACUCUUUGGUUUCACUAAUUUUCUGCUCCGUGAAGUGAAUGACAUGCAUCAUACCCUUCUUGAUACUUCACUGAAGUUGCUGCUACAAUUGCUGACGCAAUGGAAACUUGUAAUACACACUCCAGGAAAAGCUUCUGAGCAGGCCAAAACCAGAUCUGGAGAGCUGAUACCAAAUGGAUCCAGCCACAGGAUCCAGUCUGAAAGGAGCCCCUAUUCCAACGUCCUGCACGCAGUCGAAGGAUUCGCGCUGGUUCUGCUGUGUAGUUUCCAGGUCGCGACGCGGAAGCUGGCUGUUUUAAUCCUCAGAGAAAUCCGGUCUUUGUUCUUGGCCCUUGGCCAGGCAGAGGAUGAUGACAGACCUAUGAUUGAUGUCAUGGAUCAGUUGAGUUCUUCUAUUCUUGAAAGCUUUAUUCAUGUGGCUGUUUCAGAUUCAACAACAAUCCCGUUAACACACAGUGUGGAUUUGCAGUGGCUGGUGGAGUGGAAUGCUGUCCUAGUAAAUAGCCAUUACGAUGUGAAAAGUCCUUCCCAUGUCUGGAUUUUUGCACAGUCUGUUAAAGACCCAUGGGUUCUCUGCCUCUUCAGUUUUCUUAGGCAGGAGAAUUUACCAAAGCACUGUCCUACAGCUCUCAGCUAUGCUUGGCCAUAUGCCUUCACGAGGCUACAGCUGAUAAUGCCUCUUGUGGAUCCGAAUAUUCCUGUUAAUGCAAAGAAAACAAGUACAGCAAGCAGUGGAGACAACUAUGUUACUUUGUGGAGAAACUACCUUAUUCUGUGUUUUGGAGUAGCAAAGCCCAGUAUUAUGAGCCCAGGACACCUGCGUGCUUCAACACCAGAGAUCAUGGCUACCACUCCUGAUGGAACAAUGAACUAUGAUAAUAAGGCUAUUGGAACUCCAUCUGUUGGAGUCUUACUAAAGCAGCUAGUUCCUUUGAUGAGACUUGAAAGCAUAGAAAUAACAGAAUCACUUGUAUUAGGAUGAAGAACAAAUUCCCUUGUUUUCAGGGAAUUAGUAGAAGAACUCCACCCACUAAUGAAAGCCCUAGAAAGGAGACCAGAGACUAUUCAUAAACUCAGACAGGCCUUGCAAAGUACAAUUCACCACAGGAGAUUUCUCUUCCCUCAGCAGAGCUUGAGGCAUCACCUGUUCAUCUUAUUCAGUCAGUGGGCAGGACCUUUCAGCAUUAUGUUCACACCACUGGAUCGUUACAGUGAUAGAAAUCACCAGAUUACAAGAUACCAGUAUUGUGCAUUAAAGGCCAUGUCGGCUGUGCUCUGCUGUGGACCUGUGUUUGAUAAUGUUGGUCUUUCCCCCGAUGGAUAUCUUUACAAAUGGCUUGAUAACAUUCUGGCUUGUCAAGACUUACGUGUUCACCAGCUUGGCUGUGAAGUUGUAGUCCUGUUGCUAGAACUGAAUCCUGAUCAAAUCAAUCUCUUCAACUGGGCUAUAGAUCGAUGUUACACAGGAUCAUACCAGCUUGCCUCUGGGUGUUUCAAAGCCAUUGCAACUGUGUGUGGAAGCAGGAACUAUCCUUUUGAUAUCGUGACACUUUUAAAUUUGGUGCUGUUCAAGGCAUCUGACACCAACAGAGAGAUUUAUGAAAUUUCCAUGCAACUUAUGCAGAUCCUUGAAUCAAAGCUUUUUGUUUAUUCAAAAAAGGUAGCUGAGCAAAGACCAGGCAGUAUCUUGUAUGGGACACAUGGUCCAUUGCCACCUCUUUACAGUGUCUCUCUUGCCCUUCUUUCAUGUGAACUAGCAAGGAUGUAUCCUGAACUUACCCUUCCACUUUUUUCAGAGGUAAGCCAGCGAUUUCCAACAACACAUCCAAAUGGAAGACAGAUCAUGCUUACCUAUCUGCUACCAUGGCUUCAUAAUAUUGAACUGGUAGACAACAGACUGCUCCUCCCUGGCUCAAGCCCUACCACUCCAGAAGAUGAACUGAAGGACAAGGAUGGGGAAAUAGCAGUCACAAGUGGACUAAAAGGCAAUGGCUGGGGCUCACCUGAGGCCACCUCCCUGGUUCUUAAUAAUCUCAUGUAUAUGACAGCCAAGUAUGGAGAUGAAAUUCCUGGACCAGAGAUGGAAAAUGUCUGGAAUGCUUUGGCCAACAAUGAAAAAUGGAGUAACAAUCUUAGGAUAACACUGCAGUUCCUCAUUAGUUUGUGUGGUGUUAGCAGUGAUACCAUCCUUUUACCUUAUAUAAAGAAGGUUGCAAUAUAUCUGUGUCGCAAUAACACUAUUCAGACAAUGGAAGAACUUCUUUUUGAGCUGCAGCAAACUGACCCAGUGAACCCCAUAGUCCAACAUUGUGAUAAUCCUCCGUUUUACCGUUUCGCUGCCAGUAACAAAGCCUCAGCUGCAGCUUCUGGAACCACUUCCAGCAGUAAUACUGUUGUAGCUGGCCAAGAUAGUUUUCCUGAUGCAGAGGAGAGCAGAGUGGUGAAAGACACUGAUGAAAGGUUCAGUAAUGUCACUAGAGCACAUACCCGACUAGAAUCAAGGUACAGUAAUAGCUCUGGAGGAUCUUACGAUGAUGACAAAAAUGAUCCUGUUUCUCCAUAUACAAGCUGGUUAUUGAAUAUUGUUGAAACCAAACAGCCACAUCCCCUGCCCAUGCCUUACAAUGGAGGAUGUUGGGCACCCCUUGUGGACUAUCUCCCAGAAACCAUCACACCCCGGGGACCCCUUCACAGGUGCAAUAUUGCUGUUAUCUUCAUGACUGAGAUGGUAGUGGAUCACAGUGUGAGAGAAGAUUGGGCUCUUCACCUCCCUUUAUUGCUACAUGCUCUCUUUUUGGGUCUUGACCAUUACCGCCCGGAGGUCUUUGAACACAGUAAAAAGUUACUGCUUCACCUUUUGAUUGCAUUAUCUUGCAAUAACAACUAUCAAGCCAUUGCAUCUGUGCUUCUUCAGACCAGAGAGAUGAAUGAGACCAAGACUCUGACAGUACAACCUGCAUACUUACCUGAAUAUCUUUACACAGGUGGCUUUGACUUUCUGCGGGAAUACCAGUCAUCUCCAGUGCCAGACUCCGGCUUGAGCUCCAGCUCCACCUCCUCCAGUAUCAGUCUGGGAGGCAGCAGUGGAAAUCUCCCACAGAUUACACAAGAAGUUGAGGACAUGGACACUGCUGCUGAAUCAGAUGAGAAAGCAAACAAAUUAAUUGAGUUUCUGACGACCAGGGCAUUUGGUCCACUUUGGUGCCAUGAAGAUAUCACUCCCAAAAAUCAGAACACCAAGAGUGCUGAACAGCUCACCAAUUUUCUGCGCCAUGUUGUAUCUGUAUUUAAAGAUUCCAAGUCAGGUUUUCAUUUGGAGCAGCAUCUGAGUGAAGUUGCUUUACAAACAGCUCUUUCAAGCUCUUCCAGACAUUAUGCUGGUCGCUCUUUCCAGAUAUUCAGGGCCCUAAAGCAGCCCCUUUCUGCACAUGCAUUGUCUGACCUCCUGUCAAGAUUGGUGGAAGUUAUUGGAGAGCAUGGAGAUGAGAUUCAGGGGUAUGUAAUGGAGGCACUACUUACUUUGGAAGCUGCAGUGGAUAAUCUCUCUGACUGUUUGAAGAACAGUGAUCUUUUGACAGUGCUAUCACGUUCAUCUUCACCAGAUUUAACAUCAAACACCAAACUGACCGCAAACCGGAAGAGCACGGGGCAGCUGAAUAUGAAUUCUGCAAGUGGCAACACAGCCACUGCUGAGCGAAGUAGACACCAGAGGAGCUUCUCUGUACCCAAAAAGUUUGGAGAUGUGGACAAGUCCUCGGACCCACCACGCAGUGCCACACUGGACAGAAUUCAAGCAUGCACCCAGCAAGGCCUGUCCUCUAAAACAAGAAGUUCGUCCUCUCUAAAGGACAGCCUCACCGAUCCAUCCCAUAUUAACAAUCCAACCAACCUACUGGCCACCAUCUUCUGGGUUGCUGUGGCUUUGAUGGAAUCAGAUUUUGAGUUUGAGUACCUAAUGGCACUGCGGUUGCUGAAUAAACUUCUGGCUCAUUUGCCACUAGAUAAAGCUGAAAACCGGGAGAAGUUAGAGAAGCUGCAAGGGCAGCUGAAAUGGGCAGACUUCUCAGGACUUCAGCAGCUACUCCUGAAAGGAUUCACUUCCCUUACUACCACUGACCUCACACUCCAGCUCUUCAGUUUGUUGACGCCAGUGUCUCGAAUAUCCAUGGUGGAUUCCUCUCAAGCUAUCGGAUUUCCACUGAAUGUUUUGUGUCUCCUGCCCCAUUUAAUUCAGCAUUUUGACAGCCCAAACCAGUUUUGUAAAGAUAUAGCCGAAAGGAUUGCUCAGGUUUGUUUGGAGGAGAAGAAUCCCAAGCUAUCAAAUCUUGCACAUGUCAUGACCCUUUAUAAAACACACAGCUAUACAAGGGACUGUGCUACCUGGGUAAAUGUGGUUUGCCGUUACCUUCACGAAGCAUUUGCUGAUAUUACUUUGAGUAUGGUUACAUAUUUGGCCGAGCUCCUAGAAAAGGGUCUUCCUAGUAUGCAACAGUCCCUUUUACAGAUGAUCUACAGUCUUCUUAGUUAUAUGGACCUGUCAGCUAUUCCUGUGAAACAGUUUAACAUGGAAGUGCUAAAAACCAUUGAAAAAUAUGUACAGAGCAUUCACUGGAGAGAAGCCUUGAAUAUCCUGAAGUUGGUAGUUUCUCGUUCUGCCAGUUUAGUUCUACCUUCCUAUCAACAUAGUGAUCUCUCAAAAAUGGAAAUACAUCGAGUGUGGAACAGUGCCUCCAAGGAGCUACCAGGGAAGACUUUGGAGUUUCAUUUUGAUAUUUCAGAGACUCCAGUUAUUGGGAGACGAUAUGAUGAGCUGCAGAGUUCUUCUGGGCGAGAUGGUAAACCCAGGGCAAUGGCUGUCACCAGAAGCACUUCUUCAACCUCAUCAGGAUCUAACUCCAAUGUCCUUGUUCCUGUGAGCUGGAAGAGACCCCAGUACUCUCAGAAAAGGACAAAAGAAAAGCUGGUGCAUGUCCUUUCCCUGUGUGGUCAGGAAGUUGGGCUGAGUAAAAACCCUUCAGUGAUUUUUUCUUCCUGUGGUGAUUUGGAUCUGAUUGAGCACCAGACGAGCUUGGUCUCUUCAGAAGACGGAACAAGGGAGCAGGAGAACAUGGAUGAUUCAAACAGUGAACAACAAUUCAGAGUCUUUAGGGACUUUGAUUUCCUAGAUGUUGAACUGGAAGAUGGGGAGGAACUUCAGGGUGAGAGCAUGGACAACUUCAACUGGGGGGUGCGCAGACGGUCCCUGGACAGCCUGGACAAGUGUGACAUGCAGCUGAUGGAAGAGAACCAGCUCUCAGGGAGCACACCCAGCCUGAACAAGAUAAACCAUGAGGACUCGGAUGAGUCGUCAGAGGAGGAGGACCUGACCACCAGCCAAAUCUUGGAGAACUCAGAUCUAAUUAUAAAUCUUUCCCCAUCUGAGGAUGCAAAUCAUAUUGACUCCCUUUCUACGUCAUGUGAUACAGCCUCAGCAGACCCUCAUCAUUUUAACAUGGGAACAUCCAGCUUUGGUGUGUCUUUGCCUGGUAUGAAUAAUCUCCAGGUAUCUGAAGGACCCAAGGCUGAAGCUGUACCUGAAGAGCAAGAUACAGCAGUCCAUGAGGAUGACCUUUCAGGGUCUACAAAUGAAAUCCCUGGAGCAUUUGAAUGCAGUGAUAGCCUUAGUCUGGAUAUGACAGAAACUGAAGAGAAAGCUGACAGGCUGGAACAAUUUGCUCUUGCUAGUUUUGGAGAUGUUGAUCGAAAUGCCUCCCCUCCUCCCUCACCAUUUUUUUCCGCCAUCCUUGCUGCAUUUCAGCCAGCAGCAUGUGAUGAUGCAGAGGAAGCCUGGCGUAGUCAUAUCAACCAGCUCAUGUGUGACUCUGAUGGUUCCUGUGCAGUUUAUACAUUUCAUGUGUUCUCUUCCCUGUUUAAGAAUAUUCAGAAAAGAUUCUGUUUCCUAACCUGUGAUGCAGCUAGUUACUUGGGAGACAACUUGAGAGGAAUAGGCUCCAAGUUUGUGAGGUCUUCUCAGAUGUUAACAUCAUGUUCAGAAUGUCCCACCCUCUUUGUAGAUGCAGAAACACUGCUCUCUUGUGGCCUUCUUGAAAAGCUGAAGUUCAGUGUUCUAGAGCUACAGGAGUACCUGGACACAUACAACAACAGGAAAGAGGCAACGCUCUCGUGGCUUGCAAACUGCAAAGCAACAUUUGCUGGGGGCUCACGAGAUGGAGUUAUUACCUGCCAGCCAGGGGACUCCGAAGAGAAGCAAUUGGAACUCUGUCAGAGGUUAUAUAAACUGCACUUCCAGCUGCUGUUGCUUUUUCAGUCCUACUGCAAACUUAUUGGACAAGUGCACGAAGUGAGUUCCAUGCCAGAGCUGUUAAAUAUGUCAAGAGAACUGAGUGAGCUGAAGAAAAACCUGAAAGAUGCGACUGCUGCAAUCGCAGCUGAGCCUGUAACAACAGAAUCUGAGCCCACAUUCAAUUCUACUGAAGCAGCUAUUCAGUCCAUGCUGGAGUGUUUGAAAAACAAUGAACUUGUUAAAGCCGUCAGACAAAUAAGAGAAUGCAGGAUUUUGUGGCCCAAUGAUAUCUUUGGAAGCAGCUCUGAUGAUGAAGUCCAGACACUACUGAAUAUUUACUUUCGCCACCAAACACUGGGUCAGACAGGCACCUAUGCACUGGUGGGCUCCAACCAGAGCCUGAGUGAAAUCUGCACCAAAUUAAUGGAACUGAACAUAGAGAUCCGUGACAUGAUUCGCAGGGCUCAGAGCUACCGGGUCAUCAAUACUUUUCUUCCAGACUCCAGCGUUUCCGGCACAAGUCUCUGA